AUGGAUAGUGAAAAUAAGGAAAUUAUAUGCAUCGGCGAUUUCAAUUGUGAUUGGCUCCAACGGACAAGUGAUAAUUAUACAUCUCAGAGAAGUGUAAAUUUUAAUAAUUUAAUUAACAUUAAGACUAAUACAAACCCCACCAUUGGAAAGUCCUCAGUCCCGUCCUUCCUCUUGUCAAAUGUAUGCCAUAUAACAAAUAAGGUAGACGAAUUAGCUGCUGUUGUAUCGAUCUAUGACCCAUCCGUGGUAAUGAUAACUGAAUCCUGGCUAAGUGAUGAUAUCGGUGAUUCCUCGGUUAAGAUCGGUAAUAAAUACAACAUAUUUCGUCGCGAUAGAAAGUCUCCUGGCGGUGGAGUGAUCGCCUACGUGAAUAAUUGUUUACCAGCAGAGCGUAUGACUCCCCUCGAAGAAGAAAACAAAGAAGUGAUAUGGUUGUUGUUAAAACCCCCCAGAACCCCUAGACCUUACAGUACAAUCGUUGCUGCUGUUGUGUACUACCCUCCUGGUCAAUCCGCCGAACAAGCAAUCGAUAUGAAUGAAUACUUAACUACUUGUAUAGAUAGUCUCUUGCGCGAACGUCCUUCAUCUGGAAUUGUUAUAGCUGGGGACUUCAAUCAACUAAAAUUAAGAAAACUAUGUAACAGAUUUAAUUUAAAAAGAUCUGUAACUAAACCGACUAGAGGACACAACAUUCUUGAUCAAAUCCUUACAAAUAUGCUCCCUCUCUUUGACACUGUUAGCCAUCUCCCCCCAAUCGGACGCUCCGACCACCAAUGUCUUCUAAUCAAGUCCAUUAAAAGACAGAAAACUCCGGUUACGUCAAAAAAAAUUAGAUUGAUGAAACGAGCAAAUUUAAAUGACCUCUCCCUGAAUAUAGCUUCUGAAGAUUGGACUACUGUAUAUUCAGCACUGGAUGUGGAUGAGAAAGUAUCAGCUUAUAACUCCAUUAUAAUCAAGAUGCUUGACGAGUUCUUACCUGAAAAAACCAUCAGAGUACAUCACUCUGAUAAACCGUGGAUCACCGGUAAUAUUAAAAUGCAAAUCAAAGCUCGUCAGAAGGCCUUUUCUCGUGGUGAUCAGCCAAGAUACAAACAACUAUGCGAGAAAGUGGCAAAUCUUAUAGCUAAAGCUAAAGCCACCUACUAUCGGUCCAAGGCCUCAGAAUUUCGUACCUCGAAUCAAUCGAAGUGGUAUAACUGUAUCUACUCUUUAGUAAAUGCCGAAAACACAACCCACACCCAAUUUCCACACGGGCCCGAAAACCUAGACUUAUCCGACUUAGCUGAAAAACUUCAGAAAGCCUUCACUAAACCAUGGUCGGACCGUUACACGAAUGUCGCCUUUGAAAUACCUGAAGUGAACCACCCACAUAAGAAUAACAAACCAACCCCUUCCUUCUAUUGGCCAAGUUAA